AUGUCGCAACUCUUAUCUUCUCCGUCAUCGGCGGUGAACUCGAAAAUUCACAUAAACCAUCGGUUUACAGACGCUCGUUUUCUCAACACCGUCGGGUUCUUCGGGAAACGGCAAGGCUUUAACGCGAAACCGACGGCGAGGGUGAAGCUAUCGGUGAAGUCUCGGCAAGAUGAUUACUUCGAGAAGCAGAGGUUUGGCGACUCGUCUUCUUCGCCGCCUUACUCUCCGCAAAACUCUGAAGGAUCUUCUGCUCGAUUUUACGUGGGCCACUCGAUAUACAAAGGGAAAGCUGCACUUACAAUUGAGCCUCGAGCACCAGAGUUUGUGGCCUUAGAAUCUGGUGCGUUCAAGCUUUCAAAGGAAGGUUUCCUUUUGCUCCAGUUUGCUCCUGCAGCUGGUGUUCGGCAAUACGAUUGGAGUAGGAAACAGGUUUUCUCCUUGUCGAUUACAGAAAUCGGUAACUUAAUUAGCCUUGGGCCGAGGGAAUCAUGUGAAUUCUUCCAUGAUCCAUUCAAGGGAAAAGGUAGUGACGAAGGUAAAGUGAGGAAAGUGUUGAAAGUUGAACCUCUCCCAGAUGGUUCUGGCCGCUUCUUUAACCUGAGUGUUCAGAACAAGCUGUUGAAUGUAGAUGAGAAUGUAUACAUACCAAUCACCAAAGCAGAGUUUGCUGUUCUUAUCUCUGCUUUCAACUUUAUCUUGCCGCACCUUAUAGGCUGGCAAGCAUUUGCAAACUCCAUCAAACCAGAAGAGUCUAACCGUCUUAACAAUGCAUCGUCUAAGUAUGGAGGAGACUACGAAUGGAGUAGAUGA